AUGUCCCGACAUGAAGGUGUGAGCUGUGAUUCAUGUAUGAAAGGCAACUUUCGUGGCAAGAGGUACAAGUGUCUGGUCUGCUACGACUACGACCUGUGCUCCACUUGCUAUGAUGCUGGGGCAACCACAACAAGACAUACCACAGACCACCCCAUGCAGUGUAUUCUCACCAGAGCUGAUUUUGAUGUAUUCUAUGGUGGUGAAGCUUUGACAACCGAACAGCCUCAGUCGUACACCUGCCCCCAUUGUUCCAAAAUGGGCUACUCCGAGUCCAGUCUUCAUGAGCAUGUUACAGCAGAUCAUUCGGACACCUCUGCUGAAGUGGUUUGUCCAAUCUGUGCAUCCUUACCCGGUGGAGAUCCCAACCAUGUGACUGAUGACUUUGCAGCUCAUUUAACAGUUGAACACAGGACACCCAGAGAUUUCAUAUCCUUCCCUCAUGUAGUUUUUUUUUGGUAUAAAUUCUCUGACCUUAACUGUACUUACGAUGAACAUCCUGGACUUCGCCACGUGCGGCGCAUCCCGCACCCUGCCCGAGGUGUUGGGGGCACAAGAACACGCCGUGCCAAUAUGCAACAUUUUGGGACAGGUGGUUCAACACUGACAGGUCUUUCACCCAGUAGCCGUGAGAAUAUGGAUCCCAUUGCAGAGUUGUUGUCACAGCUGUCGAGUGUGCGCAACCGCGCCGCUGCAGCACAGAGUGUUUCUUCCCAAUUACAGCAGCUGGAGAUGCAGCUGCAGUCAACGAGGCAACAGUUAGAACGCUUACCAAGAAGACAGGCGGAACAGCCAAAACCACCAUCUGCAGCCAAUUCUAUUCCUUUGCAACCAGAGCCAGCUAAUAAUAUCACGACAGUAGCGACCAAGUCAGAUUCACAGUUUCUUCUCACAAAAUUGUGUGCUGAAAAUACAAGCUUGGACCUGGGUGUGAAUUCUGGCGAGAAUGACAUUGCUCAGCGCAAUGUAUUUAUGCAGGAACUGCUACUGGCUACGUUGACAGAGCAGCUCAGCUUGAUAACUGAAGGCUCCGGGGAUGACCCAAGCUCCAUAUUGGAAGCUCUUCGGUCUCCGGAAUCAGAUGGGGAGCAGAGGUCUCCACUUAUUCAGAAGGAGCAUCAGAAAAAUACAAAUGAAUCACACAACAAGCACCAAAAUAGUUGCACGUUAGACAGGGCAGUGGAAAAGGCCCCAGGAAGUCAAGGGGCCCGGCCUUUGUCGGCUGGGGCCCACAGGGAGAAUUCGUGGGGUCGGGCAGGGGGUACUACCACAGGAGGUAGUCCACGUCAGAUUUGUAGUCCUAUCACUGUCUCAAACACAGUGGCGAUUCAUGGCCCAAAUUUAGGCCCGCUGGGAGGGAUGGGUGUCCUGCAAGGACGGGCGUCGUCUGCCCCUCAUGGGGGUCGGGAGAGAGGGCUGAAUCCAGCCUCGGCAAAACGGAGCAUGCUCAAACACAUGCCGCCUCAGAGAGGAGCCUCAGACACAGACCCUCCCCCGCACUAG